GCUAUUAACAGCGUUUGUAACCGUCUGUUUGAGUACGAACCAAUGGGAGUGAAACGCGCAAUAAGUUGCCAUUAAAGCUCCAACCAGUCGUUAGAUUGGAUGGUCCCUGCGCCAUGACACACUUCAUCACUCUAUUUAUGCUCAUGGAAACACUCACACUGCAACAUCAACAACAAGAAAAAGAAGCAAAGAUCCCUCUUUCAAAGGAAAGCGCAAUGGUGUUAGAGGAGAGCUUAGUGCAUGAUGUGAGGCUGUCGUCAGUUGGGCCGGGUCGAGCGACCGGGUCGGAUGUGUUCCACAACCCGGGUGGCUUGGACUUGGCCAUGAAACUGCACUACCUGAGAGUUGUCUACUUUUUUGAUAGUGAGGCUACCGGAGACCUAACCAUAAUGAAAAUAAAGGAUGCCAUGUUCACUUGGUUUAACCAUUACUUCAUCACCUGUGGAAGGUUCCGGCGAUCAGAUUCCGGUAGGCCAUUCAUCAAGUGCAAUGACUGUGGCGCAAGGUUCAUCGAAGGCAACUGCACCAAAACCCUUCAGGACUGGCUAGCCAUCAAGGACUUCUCUCUCUUCAAGCUCCUUGCUUCUCAACAAGUCAUUGGUCCAGAACUCUCCUUUUCUCCUUCUGUUCUCUUGCAGGUAAUUAGAUUUAAGUGCGGAGGAAUUUCAUUGGGUCUAAGUUGGGCCCAUAUAUUGGGGGACCCACUUUCAGCUUCAGAAUUCAUAAACUCAUGGGGACGAGUAAUGAGUAACUUGGGCCUUAAAAUGAUUCCUAACAUUCCAAGAUCCGUGCCAGCACCCGGAAAACCCGGACUCCAAAAGGAUCCAAUUUCAGCAAAACGGAUUGACCCGGUGGGUGAUCAUUGGAUCCCAGCCAACAACAAGAAAAUGGACACAUUCUCCUUCCACAUAACAAACCCACAAUUGAACUACUUGCAAGCACAAAUCUGGGGUCCAAGUCUUCACCAAACCCCUGGUUUUGAAUCAGUAUGUGCCAUGAUUUGGCGUUGUGUUGCCCGGGUUCGGACAAAAUCCGAACCGAAAACCGUAACUGUGUGCCGAAGCGACCCGUAUAGGAAGGAUAUUAUUGGUAAUAACCAAGUGAUAAGCAAGAUUGAGGCUGGAAGUGAAUGUUGUAUUGUUGAGACGGAGUUGAGUGUUUUGGCAAGAAUGCUUGAGGAUUUAGGUGUGGAUGAGAGGAAGGAAAUUGAAGAAGCAAUUGAGAGAGAGGAAGGUGUGAGUGAUUUGUUCGUGUACGGUGCGAAUUUGACAUUUGUGGACUUAGAAAAAAUCAAUUUGUAUGAUUUGCAAUUGAAUGGACAGACACCAAGAUUUGUUUACUACAGCAUUCAAGGGGUUGGAGAUGAAGGAGCCAUUUUGGUGUAUCCGGGGCCACAAGGCUCUAUCAAAAAUGGUGCUGAUGGGAAGUUUGUGACCAUGAUUUUGCCAGAAGAUGAAAUGGGCAAGCUUAAAUCUGAACUCAAGAUGAAUGGUCUUCUGCUUGAGGAUAAUUAAGUUUUAAUGAUAUUAAGUAUUUCUUAGAUGGUAGAGUAUGCUUGCGAGAGAAGUGAGUUUUAGAUCUAAUUCAAUCUUACAAAAUCGGUUUGUAAAGUGAGGUUUGCAUCUCACUCAUAUAUUAUAAUUUGGUUUUAUCAUAUAUUAUAAUUUGGUUUUAUCUUUAAUCGAUGUGAGACUUAAAAAAAAAAAAAAUGUUGAAUUAGUUUGUGAUAGGUUAGUUGAUUGGUUUGAUGUUGUGCCUCAUGUGUAUUGGCUGAUUGUUCUUCUUGCUUUGUUGUUAAAAUAAUGCUUCUUUUUAGUAAA